UACGGGUCUCGUUACCAUCUGCCCUAGACUGUCGGGCCAAAGGGAUUCGUAACAAUAUUAAUUUGAAUCAGUUGAUUAUUCAUACUUUAAUUUUUUAUAAGUAGAUUCGGCUGUUCUGAUACGGGAGUCGGCUCCAAACGUUCACAUACAAGAGCCAGCUUUAAGAGCCGACGACCCAUCUCUAUUGGCUAGAAAUACUCCUCAAAGUGCAAGGAACGCAACAUUUUUAAAGGAGCUUUCCGUCAACAUACUAUGGGGAUAUAGCUGAAAAACGGCUAGUUUAAUUAGCAAGAUGUAUAGACCUAAUUUGAUUUUUGUUUUAUAUUUUUCACUAGAAUGUAUUUGCCUGAGCCAAAGCGAUAUCUACUCCCUGAAUUACAUCUACACUGCCCUGUCAAAGCCACUAGAAUUGCCUGGUAUCCAUGAGUUCAUUGCCAUGGGUCUGAUGAAUGACAAACAGAUUGAUUACUAUGACAGUGUGGCAAAGAAGAAGAUUCCCAAACAGGACUGGAUGAGGGAGAAGCUGCCAGCAGACUACUGGGAUAAAGGCACUCAGUCACGCAAGAGCAAGGAGCAGUGGUUCAAAGUUAAUGUCGAUAUCUUGAUGAAGCGCAUGAUGCACAACAACACUGAUGUGCAUAUCCUUCAGUGGAAACAUGGCUGUGAGAUUGACCAACAGAGUGACGGCACAUUGAAAUUCAUAAAGGGCACAGACCAGUACAGCUACGAUGGUGACGACUUCCUGGCCUUUGAUGAUGCCAAUAUGCAGUGGGUGGCCCCAGUUUUUCAAGCUCAGCCGACUAAGAGGAAGUGGGACGGGGUCCAGAUCCUCAACCAGUACACCAAGGGCUACCUGGAGAAGGAGUGUGUGGACUGGCUUUCCAAAUUCAUGAAAUAUGAGGACGAAGAAUUCAGUAGGGCUGAUUCCCCUCCAAAGGUCUAUGCGUUUGCUAAAAAGGCCAAAACUGCCGGAAAUGUCCGACUGACCUGCAUGGCCACAGGUUUCUAUCCCAAAGAUGUAGAAAUGCAUAUUAAGAAGAAUGGUGUUCCAUUGACCGAACGUGAUGGAGUGCAGUCUACAGGUGUCCUACCCAAUGAUGAUGACACUUACCAGAUCAGGAUGAGUGUCCAGAUCCCAGAGGCAGAUAAGGAAACUUAUGAAUGUUAUGUCGACCAUAGAACUUUGAAGAAGCCAAUUGUGGGAAAAUGGGAUGGAAUAUGUUGUGAUUGCAGUAGUUUCGGUGCUGUCGUCAUUGGGGCAGUCAUCACCAUUAUUGUAGUUCUGAUCUUGAUUUCGGUGGUCCUGUUUGUUCUGCACAAAAGCGGGACAAUUGUGAUUCCUGGCUUGAAAACGACAGCCACGGAUGAUGAAAGCAGAACCUCAUCAGACUCUGAUCAAGGCAGCCAGAACGCAGGAUCCUCAGACAGAGGCAGUGAGGAGGACGUUAAGAAGUCAAUGCUGCCUCAGGAAAGUGUCUAGAUGACCGUUGGUGGCCAAACUUUCUGACCGGACCAUGAAGGACAGUCAAUUCAUUUCAUCAUUUUAUAGUAUUGCUAGAGCUGUUUCGGUGUGGCCACGAGUCAUGACGGCAGUCAAAUUCCACAUGACCGUUUAGUCCCGCUAAUUAGACUUCUCCAAGCUCUGAUGCUGCUGAAGGUCAUUAGUAGCCUACCAAACUGGCUAACCCUAUUGUCCCUUUAAUCACUCUGAGAUGAAUGCAAAUCUAAUCAAAAAUCUAAUCAAACUUCAUGAGAGCCCAUGAGCUCAUGUUGCUCAAAUAUUUCUAUAGGUUAUGCAAUUGCGUGAGAAAACAGCAUGAUGGUCAUUAUAAAAAAUAGGAUUCCAUCAGCUUUCCAUAUGCUAGGCCUACUAUAUUUUAUUUGUCAACUAUCCUAGUAUUAUAAGCACAUUGCUUCUCUUUAAAACAGGAGUAUAGUCUACUGAUGUAUUUAUUCCAGCUGCUCCUGUUUCCAUACAGGUUCAUGAUAACGGUCCAUUCUAAAUCAAAACAAAUUUCACACGCAAACUAUUUAGUAUAUGUAAAGACGAGAUGAAAUCAAGAAUAGUCUGAUGGGUCACAAUUUUAGCCUAUCAGUGAUAGGCUGAUAUUGUCACCCAUCAGACUAUUCUUGAGUGAUAUACAGUGGCUUGCGAAAGUAUUCACCCCCUUGAAAUUAUUCCUAUUUUGUUGCCUUACAACAUGAAGAUAAACACUUUGAAGAUAAAAUAUUUUUUUGUGAAACAAGCAAGAAAUAAGACAAAACAACGGAACAUUUGAGUGUGCAUAGCUAUUCAUCUCGGGGUGUUGAGUUUGUGCCAGACAUAGCGUUUAUCUUGAUGAGAAACUCAAUUCUAGUCUCAUCUGACCAGAGUACCUUCUUCCAUAUGUUUGGGGAGUCUCCCACAUGUCUUUUGACGAACACUUUAAGCAAUGGCUUUUUUCUGGCCACUUCUGUAAAACCCAUCUCUGUGGAGUGUACGGUUUAAACUGGUCCGAUGGACAGAUACUCCAAUCUACACUGUGGAGCUUUGCAGCUCCUUCAGGGUUAUCUUUAGUCUCAUUGUUGCCUCUCUGAUUUAUGCCCUCCUUGCCUGGGCUGUGAGUUUUGGUGGGCAGCCCCCUCUUGGCAGGUUUGUUGAGGUGCCAUAUUAUUUCAAUUUUUUAAUAACAGAUUUAAUGGUGCUCCAUGGGAUGUUCAAUUUUUUUAUAACCCAACCCUGAUCUGUACUUCUCCACAACUUUGUCUCUGACCUGUUUGGAGAGCUCCUUGGUCUUCACAGCGUGUGAGUUUGAAGUUUGGGGAAGAUAUUUUUUACCAUAAAAAUGCACCUUUAUAAACAAAAAAAGCAUUUCAUGCAUAAUCACAUUUGUGGUCACUUUUGAGAAUGGCGUUCUCCUGCUAAUGGAACAUUUGCACUUAUAGCCUACUGCCGUGUGCUCAUUGCUGCGCUUAUACUGUGAAGAAAUACCCUGAUAGUUGAUCAACAUUUUAAACGUUCUCAUCUAUGGCUUCAGGCUCAUUACUUGAAACAGGUUUGUUUUUAAUGCUAGUGGUUGUAUUCAUUUGGGAUCUAUCGCAUCCCACAACUGUGCCAGACGGUUUGGAAUAUUUAGAUCUUGCACAGAAUAGAAUAGGUUAACUUUUGUACUAUGGGGGAUAGUAGUGAAUGUAUUAUGUUGUGUAUUUAAUUAUUUUAUUGUUGCAAUGGAUGUUUCUUAGAGGCAUCUUUAAGGUAUUUGUAUAAUGCUUCAGGGUUAUAUAAGCCUAGAGGUAUAGGCUGAUAUGUUUUCUUACCUCUGGCCAAACAAUAUCUUGUUUUACGUUUCUGCAAAUAUAUGCAUAAAUUAUUACAGUCAGACGACAUGAAAAACUAAAAGUAAAAUAGUAAAACCCAUUUAUGGUAGUGGCCAUAAUGAUAUCAUAAAAUGGCAAAUUAAAAACAUUGACAGGUCAAGGAAUCAGCCACAAAAUCCUUCAUCAAUGAUUUAAAAACACCAAUCGGGACAAGUUCUCCCAGUUUAAACUAUUUUGGAAGGCGUUCCAAGCCUAUUAUGCAGAAUAAAUAAAAGCCUUUUUAUCAAAUUCAGUUUGACAUUUGGAAUAGUUAGCAAACAGUCCGGCAAACAGAGUUCCCACCACAUUUCUGAAUAAUAAAAAUGCCCAAAUUAAAAUGUAGUAAACCCAAAAUGGCUUUGUAAAGUAUACCAGUGACUGAGCCUACGUGUGACUAGAGAAGGCAAGCCAACCCUAUUUCAAUCUAGGGCCCAUUUCAAAACCGUUCACUGGGUUACCAGGCUAAGACAAAGCUACACUCUUGAAUUAAUAUGCAGUGGAGUUUCUUUUAAUGUCACCUUGUAAACAUUGAUUUAUGGAGAACACAAAUAAAUCCAACAUGCAGUCUUGAAGCUCAAUACAAAAAUAUAUUUGUUUAUCUUAUGCCAGAAACAUAGUCAGUGUUUUCUUAUGAAUAGGGACUCUAGGAUUAUCACAAAAUGAUUUCAUUAAUUUCUCAUGGCAUUAAUCUGUUACAAUUCACUAAACCACUGUUACAUGACUUAUUGCAUACAUACAUGCCUACACACACACACACACACACACACACACACACACACACACACACACACACACACACACACACACACACACACACACACACACACACACACACACACACACACACACACACACACACACACACACA